AUGGAAUCUAAGCCCGAUAGUGCCGGAGAAGAGUCUCCGCAUCGCCGCCGCCGCCGCCGAAGCACUGGGGGUAGAUCCCAGCGUUCCCAGCAGCGGGUUGCCGACCCGCCGCGUGCGCGGUUCGACAGCAACGUGCGAUAUGUCCCGCCCCGAGUUUACACAGAAGAGCCUGAAGAAUUUGACGACUUGGUACGUUUCCCCAGAAAAUUGUACACCGCUCAGGCAACACAACCGCUUCGCUAUUUCACGGAAACCGAGCAAGUGACAUAUGAGAGGGAACUACCCACUAACCGCAACUACGCGCAAAAUGAUCAUUCCCCUCCUCUGCGAAGGAUAUGGUACCCAGCGCCAUCCGCACCACUAAACUCUGGUCCGUAUAUUACGCCGCUGGCUCCCUACGAAAGACGCCAAUUUCACGCCCAGCCUUAUCCCAAUCGUGAGACCGCAUUCAGUACGCGACCACUGAGGCUGGGCCGCCGCAGGUACUCCACCGAGUCGAGGUCAAGAAGUCCUAGCCGAUGGCGGUCUGAGGCCAGGUCGGACUCCGCAUCGGAUGAUAUCUCGAUAUAUCCGCGCAGUGAGCCGUAUUGGACUUCGAGUCGACGACGUCGCCGGGUCCGUAAUUUAAGGCAACACGAAUUGUAUCAUGAGAGACCUUCCACCGCUGGUGUUGAUCGGAGAGGAUGGAACGAGGACAGCGAAACUGAGGGCGAGUACGAAGACGUCCUCGGAAGGAAGAUUUACUCCUUCACGCCCAGAAGGAGUUCGAGCAGCGCUGUUGAAACUACAUCUCUUGGUACUGACGACGACGAUGGGGAUGCAAAACUACAAAGUGAGGCUCUACCCUCAUCUCCAAUCCAGGUAGUCGAACUUCGAAAAGUGGCGAAACUCGAGACCAGAAAUGGGAAGGAAGCUGGAACAAUCGACGCAGCGUCAGUAUAUACCAAGCUGCUGCAUGUCGUUGAAUCAAAGUACACUGGGGAUGCCAUCUAUGAUGUGCGGCAGUCUCUCUACCGAUGGGUUCACUUGCAGCAGACACAGUUGAAUCUCGAUGAGCUAUCAGCUGAGAUCACGCGGAUACCUGGGCUGUCGACUGACGAGCUACAUGGACUUACAAAGCUUCUUGGCCAGGUCCGCGGACAGGUCAAGAAGCCGCGCACCGCAGAUGGUCGCAACGUCCUUCACAUGGAGCCUGGCUCGCUUAGAGUCAUGAUAUCGGGAGACAAUCGCGCCAAGGGGCCCGGCACAGGCCCGGCUAAGGGGCCCAAACGAUCAUUGGCUUGGUUCUGUAUCCCAUACUUCACACUUGAGAAGUACUCGGGACUAAUGGCGGCUAAAUCUGCAUCAAGUUUUCCCACCGAAACCCUGCUGCAGAAUGACUAUGGCCCCACCAGCCGAGCUAGGGACAUGGAGCAGGUCGUUGUUCUUGCUGAUGCAGCUGAAGUUGGCGAAUGCGUCCACGUCGCUCAGCUUUGGUGCAUUGUUUUGGGUGACUCUCUUGUGAUCACUUGCGGCCGCAUGUCACGAAGCGCUCUUCAAGAUGAUAUAGAACCAGCUUCAAGCACAAGGAUGAUCUGUGUUUCAUACUAUCAGGCUUUCCUCUGGGCACUGCCUUUGGACGAAUGUUGGACUUGGUUUACAUUCGUGAGGCAUUUCAAGGACUUUUGGCCUGACGCUGUCCGGUUCUAUCACAGGGAUAAGGCUCUGACUGAAAAUGACUGGCCAAGGAUCGUUAAGCUCGCCAGACAAUCCAGUACGCGGGUUACACUGGAACUGCGAAUGAGUCAUCUUCCUCAACCACCCGCAGCAGGUGUACUGCAAACUCUGAAGCCGGACCAAGAUUUUGAACCAAAUGAUCACGGGCCCUCAACGCAAACAAUCCAGAAUGAGGAGCCUGAAGUUAUUGCACAUGUCCCUAAACACGAGAAUAAGCAAUUUCAUGUCUUCACCUGGAUGGAUUGCGGGCGUUCGGCUACCGGCUUAUCUACAGAUUCGCAUAGAGAGCUGAUGAUGAAGCAGUUGAAGGAUAUGAACGAGUACUUGCUGAGAUCAACUUCCAAUGGCGAGCGUGGAGCAUACAAAUGCUGUAAAACGUCUUCUCGGGAACAGGUCCACGCAUAUCUUGUAGGCCAAGACCAUGAUGUUGAUGCCAACACGGACGAGGAUCUGGAACAGAAGCAAGACCUUGACGAUAAAAUCGACUUGUAUAACGCAGCGGACCUCAUUUUCUGCUUCUUCUUCCCCACGUGGUUUGAUUCAAAGGCGCCGACAAUUGGGAAGUUUUGGUCUGCCGUUGAGAGUAUGAUCACAUCGUCCCGUUCUGAGAGCGCGGUUGUUAAUCUGAAAGCACGGAAUUCGGGGGCAAUUGCUGCAAACGUCAGCCCCGUGCGUUCCGCGCUUCGCAGCAUGACCCGAGAAAUACUCUCCUUCCAAGGGAUCAUGUCCAAUGUGGCACAUUCUGACAGAUUAGAAAUCACUGUACCGGACGAUCUUCUCCGCGCUUGGUUACAUCUCGUGAUGGCACUGGUACAGGCUUCAGAAGGUUCUGAAAAUUGGAUCGAGAACAUGGACGCUACUGAAAUACUCCUUUCCAAAGGCAUGAGCGAGAUUAUGCAGGAAUUGCCCGUGCAUAACCUUCUAGAUUAUGCUGUGGUCCGCCCCAUGGAGCUUGUGCCUAUCAUGACACGGAAGCUUACACAGGAACUCCAAGGAUCCGAUUUAAACUUGAAUGAUACGUACUCACAGUACAUCAAACAUCUGGAAAACAUGAUUAUGGAACAUCCGGAUCGGUCCCAUCAGUAUCUCAUUGGUCAGGUGAAGAAGGAGAUCGACAUCAUUCGACGUGUGAUCAGCUCUCAACAACGAACUUUGGCCGGAGCAGUGAUGCAAAAGCCGAUCAUAGAAGCCACGAGACACAAUCGAUAUGAAGCCCAGUUGCUCGAAAAGAAGGUGGAUCAUAUAACCGUGAGGAGUGAACAUCCUCUACAUCGCAGCCGAGCACGGGAUGGAUAUUAUGCCUACGAUCCUUACCAGCACGGUCUCGACUUCGUUGGAAGUAACCGUGACCCGGACGAAUUUUCCAAGCUUUCAUCGACGGAUCCAGGUGGCUUCUCAACGUUCUUGGUGCGCGACUGUCUAAACUUGCUUGAUCGGAAAAGCAGCGAGUUCCGCGACUUUUUAAUCGAGGCUGACCGACUAGAGGAAUCUAAUGUAACCAAUCUUGAUAUCAACAAGGACAAGCAGGAGAAGGCGGUCUACGCCUUCACAAUGGUCACCAUAAUAUUCCUGCCCCUUGGAACCAUCAGCAGCAUCUUUGGUAUGAAUACCAGCGAUAUUGCCAACCUGGAAUUGAGUCAAUGGAUAUACUGGGUCACUGCACUCCCAACGACAAUAUUGGUAAUUAUCGCAGGGCUAUGGUGGAUGGGUGAGUUGGAAGUGCUCAAACAAUGGCUUUUUGGUGCUCGAAAAGGGCAGAGAUUUCGGAGAGGUGGUAGAUCAGGUUCCUUGAUGACCACUGUGGUAGGAGAAGAAAUUUUGAUGCCGGAUUCUCGGGCUGCAGUUACAAAUAUGCUGCCCCCAAGAUUUCCCAGACGAGUAGUCACGUUCCAGGAGCCAGCGGAUGUCUCAAUCAAGCCCCAGGAAGAGCGUCGUCGGUAG